GCCUGCCUGGGAAGGGACACGAUAUCAGCCUGGCAGCCCUGCGGCGCCACGACCCCUACAUCAGUCGCAUCGUGGACGUGGCCAGCCAGGUGGCUCUGUACACUUUCGGCCAUCGGGCCAACGAGUGGGAGAAGACUGGAGUGGAGGGAACCUUGUUUGUUUAUACGAGGUCUGCCUCCCCAAAGCACGGAUUCACCAUUAUGAAUAGGCUCAGCAUGGAAAACAGAACAGAACCCAUUACUAAAGACCUGGACUUCCAGCUCCAGAACCCUUUCCUUCUCUACAGAAACGGCACACUUGCCAGGAGGAGAAGUCGUCAGGAAGCACGACAGUUGUACUCGUAACACACGUAAAGUCAGUACGUGUGCAUCGGCCCAGUGCCACGUCAAUAGAACUGUCGUCUCUGGAAACGCACAUCGAACGGCAAGGUCCUGUCACUGUGACCUAUACCUGAGAAGUGAAGUGCUUGAAGCAGAGUCACCUCUCAGCACAGUUAGAAGACUGCAGGGCCUUCUGAGGAACAGCUGCCUACUGGCUGGUAGAGCAGAUCACUUGGCAGCGGACUCCAGCCUAUCUGGUCCAUGAUGGUUAAUUAAGCCGGAACGGAUAUUAGCCAUGUGUCCAUUUAUGGAAUUUGGUUUUAUGAUAAGGAAGAGUGCCAGAGAAUUGCAAAACUAAUGAAAAACCUCACUCAGAGCGAACAGUUGAAAGCCUGUCAUGGAGCCGGAUCCUCCCCCGUGACCUUGAGCUCAGGAGAGGGCCAAGAAGUAGAUAUCCUGCAGAUGCUCACCAAGGCCAAGGAUGAGUACACCAAGUGUAAGACCUGUUCCGAGCCAAAACAGAUGACCAAUUCCUCUGCCAUCUGUGACAACCCUAAACUUAUCAAACCUGUCCCCGUGAGACCCAGCAGCAGCCAGAGGCUGCAAGGACCUGCGCCCAGCAAGACCUCGGACCCUGAGCCUCAGCACUUAUCUUUAACAGCACUAUUUGGGAAACAAGACAAAGCUCCCUGUCAGGAAACUGUAAAGCCCUCCCGGACCUUUGCCCACCACCACCACCAUCACCACCAGCAGCAGCAAGAGACGCGUCCAGUUCAUCACGGGGUCGCAUGCUCCCUGUCCUGUGAGGAGCCCAGGAAGCUCUCACUCCCGGUGGAGAAGCAGCUCUGCCCGGCCAUUCAGAAACUCAUGCUCGGGAGCCCGGGGCUGCACCCCCUGCCUCAGCACCCUGAACAGUGGUCCUGCAAAAGUGGCAGCCCCAGUCCUGCCGGGGGAAUUCUCCCUGGUCCUGUCCAGCUGGGGUCCCCCUGGAAUGGCAGGGUUGCACACUGCACACAGAGCACUUGCAGAGGCCACAAGCUAUUAGAGCAGCUUCAAGGUGCCCCUGGGGCAGUGCAUAAGUAUAACCCCUGUGCGCCUACCGGUCCAGCUGUGGCCACUCAGGUGGCUCCGGGCCAGAGUGUGGCCCAAUCACAGCUGGUGUAUUUCAGUGGCCCCCUUCAACCUCCCGCCCCAGGACACCAAGCUCUCAGGAAGGAGCAGGGUGCACUGCCUGCACAAGCGGUGUCCCUCUCUGGCAGCCAGGAGAGCAGCCCCACCGUGCUCCCUACGCAGGAGCUGCUAAGGAAGCUCCAGGUAGUACACCAGGAGCAGCAGGCGGCCCCCCGGCCAGCCUUGGCAGCCAGGUUCCCUGUGUCAGCCCAGGGAUCAGGGACAGAAAAGCCCUUGGAAGCCUGGGUCAGCAAGACAGCCAGCAUGGAGAAGCAGGCUCCUCUUCUGCAGACCGUCUCAACUCAGUGUGUCCCUGCUGCAGUGGCUUCUCUGCUCACGCCCCCUGUGGUUUUCACACAGUCUACCUGUGCCCCACUGAGGGAGACUGAUAAUGGGCUCAUGGCCCUAGGAGGCCAAGAACUUCCUGCUGCCUCCUCCAGCCUCCUCCUGCCCCUGCAGAACUGGGAGUCCUCCACCGUGGCCAGCAGGCCCCUCACCAGGCUGCAGCUCCAGGAGGCACUGCUGAACCUCAUCCAGAAUGAUGACAACUUCUUAAGCAUAAUCUAUGAAGCCUAUCUCUUCAGCGUGACACAAGCAGCCAUGAGAACCACGUAACCAGCUACAUGAGAGCAAAGACUAAGAAUUGAUCUUCCAGGUUCUUCAUGUGAACUGGUGUGACCAAACACACUUAUGCCUUUUUAACAAAGUAUAGUGAUACAGAGUAAAAUGUUUUAUACUGUCUGAUGUCUGGGGGUUUUGUUCCUUGUUUUUUUUUUUAAAAAAAUCACACUCUCCCCUUUACUUGGUACUACAAGUUGAGCAGUUAGAUGGUUCUGGCCAGGUCAUGUAAGGUUCGAUUUUUCCUCCAUUUAUGAGGCCAUUUGAGGAAGAGUAGAGUUUUUCAUGCGAAGGGAGGUUCUCAGAGCUAUUUAUUAAUAGAAUCGCUCAGGGUAGAGAAGGCAGUUUCUCAGGGUUGGGCUCUGUGUGCCAUGGUGCUUGAUAACCACCAGGGGGCAAUAUUACCCCACAAGUUGCCUACUAAGGGUUCCGUGUUUUCGGAAGCAAUGAGGACUUUACCAAAGUCAGCCUUUUAUUUGUAAAGCUCCAUUUGGCAUGUUUGAUCUGAGCCUUUGGAGGAAGAAUCUUUCUGAAGACAUUUCUAGCCAGCUUUCGUUCUAAGUGUCAGCAGCGGCCCCGGCUUGAAGCAACGCUCCGUUUCUCAGUUCAAGUUGGCUUUCAGACAGCCACAGUUAGAAAAUGCCCAUGAGAAGAGGUAGUGGCUAUUCUGGGGCAGAAGGUUGAAGAUUCUCCAAGCUCUGUAGAGCUCACCUCUGUGUCCUGUGCAGAGAGGUAAGAAGCAAAAUUCAAGGGGAGACAGCAGACCGACCGACUGCCUUGCAUCCCCAACAGUGCGUGUGGGCAUCAGCCCUGCUAAGUAUUCACAAUGAAUAAAGCUUUGUCUUUACUGUCCUAGUUAUUCCUGGGUCAUAAAAAGACCUUUGAGUUAGCCCUUUAUAGUUGAAUCGUACUCUUCUAUGGAGAAUUUAAAAUGGAGGCUGGGGUGGGGGUGCAGGUUUCCUUACAGCUUCUGAUACCCAGACCAGGAAGCUUUUGACCCUUGUCCUCCCUCCUGGCAGCAGCAUGGGGCUUCUGGGACACCACCUCUCCCUUAGGAGGGCGUGCUUUCCCUAAGGAAGGAAGCUGGGCUGAAGAGGGGUUGGUGUCUGCUCACCCUCACAGCACAUCGGCUGAGCAUCGGCUGUGCUGGCCUCUGGAAGGGGUAGGUCCACAACCGCACUGUGCUGAACUCAUAGGGAUCUCUCAAGUGCUUGACAGUGAGUAUUCACACCGCUUUAGUCUGAUGAGGAGAACAGGGCAAGAGAUAUCCAUGGUUCUGUGGUCCUGAACCAUAGGAAAAUGUCGCUUUCCAACGUGCUCACUAAAAUGGGAGCACUAUUAGGCUAGGGUGUACCUCAGUGGUAGAGCACACACAGGAUAGAGCCUAACACACAAGGCUCUUGGUUCAAUCCCUAGCACUUAAAAAAAGAAAUGUUAUUUGGCCAGUGGCCAGGCUUUAAAAAUAAUCUGUGAGGGCUGGGAAUGUGAUUUGGUGAUAAAAAUAAAUAAAAAGUAAAAUAAUGAAAA